AUGGAUGUGGAAAGGCGGCGUCGAGCGAACACGCUCGAGCGCGAGAUGCGCGAUCCGACCAGCAUUUGCAAUGUGGACUGCCUGCUGGAUACGGUAUCAGCCCUGGUCAGCGACUGCGACCACGACACGCUCAAGCGGCUGAAAAACAUCGAACAGUAUGCUGCCAAAUAUAAACCCCUGGCGCAGAGGAUCAAUCAGCUGCGCAUGAAUGUCGAGGACUUCGACUUCAUUAAGCUAAUUGGCGCCGGGGCCUUUGGAGAGGUGCAACUGGUGCGGCACAAGUCCUCCAGCCAGGUGUACGCCAUGAAGCGGCUGUCCAAAUUUGAGAUGAUGAAGCGCCCGGACUCGGCCUUCUUCUGGGAGGAGCGUCACAUUAUGGCCCAUGCCAACUCCGAGUGGAUUGUCCAACUGCAUUUUGCAUUUCAGGACUCCAAAUACCUGUACAUGGUGAUGGACUUUAUGCCCGGCGGUGACAUUGUCUCGCUGAUGGGGGACUACGAUAUACCCGAAAAGUGGGCCAUUUUCUACACAAUGGAGGUGGUGCUGGCCCUCGACACCAUUCACAACAUGGGCUUUGUGCACCGUGACUUGAAGCCGGACAACAUGCUGCUCGACAAUUACGGGCAUCUGAAGCUCGCCGAUUUCGGCACCUGCAUGCGCAUGGGCGCCAACGGCCAGGUGGUGUCCAGCAAUGCGGUCGGCACGCCGGACUACAUCAGUCCGGAGGUGCUGCAGUCGCAGGGUGUCGACAAUGAGUAUGGCCGCGAGUGCGACUGGUGGUCGGUGGGGAUCUUCCUCUACGAGAUGCUCUUCGGGGAGACGCCCUUCUACGCGGACUCACUGGUGGGCACCUACGGCAAGAUCAUGGACCACAAGAACUCGCUCAGCUUCCCCCAGGAGGUGGAGAUCAGCGAACAGGCCAAGGCCCUGAUCCGGGCAUUCCUCACAGAUCGGACGCAGCGUCUGGGCCGCUACGGCAUCGAUGAUAUCAAGGCGCAUCCGUUCUUCAGAAACGACACCUGGUCCUUUGACAAUAUCAGGGAGAGUGUGCCGCCGGUUGUGCCGGAGCUAACCUCGGACGACGAUACGCGCAACUUUGAGGACAUCGAGAGGGACGAAAAGCCCGAGGAGGUGUUCCCCGUACCGAAGGGCUUCGAUGGGAAUCACCUGCCCUUCAUCGGCUUCACCUACACGGGCGACUACCAGCUCCUGUCCAGCGACACCGUCGACGCCGAGGCCAAGGAGCCGAAUUCGGUGAACAGCAACGCCAGCAACAACCAUGCCCACGGCAAUGGGCACAACCAUCGCCAUCGUACCUCCAACUCCAACGAGCUGAAGCGGCUCGAGGCACUGCUCGAGAGGGAGCGCGGCCGAGCCGAUGCUCUGGAGAAGCAGGACACCAGCCUGCGGCACAAGAUCGAGCUGAGCGGCAAGCGUGAGGUCGAACUGCAGCGCAUUGCGGCCGAGUACGAGAAGGAUCUGGCGCAGCGAAAGAACAACUACAAGGUGGCCAUGCAGAAGGUGGAGCAGGAGAUCGAGCUGCGCAAGAAGACGGAGGCUCUGCUGGUGGAGACGCAGCGUAAUCUGGAGAACGAGCAGAAGGCCAAAGAGGAUAACCGCGCGCUGCUGGAGAGGAUCAGUGAGCUGGAGAAGAGCCAUGCAAGUCUCGACUUUGAGCUGAAGGCGGCCCAGGGUCGCUACCAGCAGGAGGUCAAGGCCCACCAAGAGACUGAAAAGUCGCGACUGGUCUCUCGCGAGGAGACUUAACUGACUAAGUGACUUAAUUGACUUAACUGUCAAUGCAAGCCAAUACCGUAACUUGUGUUACCCAGCCACUUUACAGCCAUGUCUGCUACUACACAUAUGUAGAUAAGCAGUAGGCGCCACACUUAUUGUAUAAUAUGCCAUUU